UGGUUCAUCAAUCCAAUUCUACAUCAAACUGGGGACUUGGCCAUGGCGCACCGAGGGAGCUCAUGCCUUGAUACGCGAGAUAGCAAUUAUGGUUUGGGGCCGAAGUAGGCACGUGGCGAUCGCUACGUACCUGGCACCAACGACUUAUUCCGUAUAAAAGGACUGACACCCUAUACAUGUCAUGGCCUUUUGUUAUUGCCAGAUCGUAUCUACCAACCAAUCCUCGUUUGCCACUGUGUAGGCGAUCAUUAGCCACCAAGAUGAAUACCAUAAGUUUUCCUUUAGGACCCACUAAAGAGCGCGCUCAGCACGCUAAUACCAGCAAUUUAGGUCAGAUCGUUUUGGCUUGGUUGGGGCUCCCUCUGUCCGGCGGUGGAGCAUACUACUUUGCCAAGAAGGGCAUCAACGCAGACAGAGCGGCGCGACUUGAGGAGCGGCGGAUAAAGAAAGCCAUGAUCGACUCCCCGGAAUAUAGCCCUAGGCUCCAGAGCAAACCUACGAAUCCCCGCGACGCGGAGAGCAUGUCAGUUGACAACAAUGAACGAGCAGUUCGCAUGGAUACAGCAGGCACACAGUUGCAGACGCGCAGAAGUACUCCAUCGCCUGCUAACCACGGACCGGCGACCUAGACGACAAAAGCACUCGGCCAAUUGAUGUCUUCCAUGUGUCGCGGUUUCCAAAACGGGAAGUGAGACAAAAGUCGCAAACAAGCAACCAGCCGGCUAUUCUGUCUCUACAUGCCUAGUUGCACGUGGAGCUUCUGCGAUAAGUGAUAAAUGAUCUACCCCUAGGCCUUGGCAAGGCAACGGACGGAAGGAUUGCGUCCAUUUUAGGUGUACAAGGACUGGACAGUAGCUACAAUACCCACCAUAGCGUAGGAGCG